UGUCAAUUCAAAAGUCAAUGUUAUUUGUCAAAGUGCAAAUUGCAAACUAUUCUAUUCUCAUAUUUUGAUUUUUACUCCGUUUUCAAAUUGAUAAAAUUACAAAAAUUAUAAUUUGUCGUGAUUUGAGAUAUUCCACUAUGUUACGCGGUCGAUCACUUGUGAACAGUAUUCGAAAAUUACAAGCUGUUACACUUUCUAGUGAUUCUACACAAAAUGUAGACACAACUUAUAUGGAAAUACCCGUCUAUGAUGUAGACAAACCACAAACAUUAGAAAAGAGGAAGGCAAGACUUCAAUACCAGUCACGUAAGAGAGGAAUGUUGGAGAAUGAUCUUCUUCUGAGUACUUUUGCUAAAAAACAUUUAGAUGGCUUUACAGAGAAUCAAACCAUGAUGUAUGAUCGUCUCAUCAACUCUCCCAGUAAUGAUUGGGACAUAUUUUACUGGAUCAUUGAAAAAAAGCCAACACCAAAAGAGUUUGAUAAUGAAGUCAUGGAUCUCCUAAAGAAACAUGCAAAGAACGAAAACAGACAUGCACUUUCACAACCACCUCUAUAUUAAAGAUACUUAAUUUGAAAAUAUUUGAUAUAAUACAUGUUGAAUUAGAUUGUUUAGAAAAGGAUUAGUUACAUUUUUAAUGAAAUUUAUUUUAAAACUUAUGAUGUUAAAUAUGUAUUUAUAAAGUAUUAAAAUUAAAUAGAAAUUAGAAUAGUAA